CCACUUAUGAGGCAGGGAGAGAGGGAGAGAUAGAGAGAAGGAGAGAGGGCGGAGAGAAGAAGAAAGGAGAAAGAAAAAGAUAUGGAGAGUAGCAAAGAAACAAGUGUGUGAGAUGGAUAAAAAGUGUAGGUGAACAAGCCAGAGAAGUCCUAGAAGUCUGUGUUUAAAAUCAAGCAUUAGAAGAUACAGUGUUGUGUCAUCAACAGGUCAGUGGACUUACCCGGGGGGAUUAUGUCCAAACCUUCGUCCAACGUUAAGGCCCUUCAGGCUAAUUUGAACAUCCCGAUGGGAGCUCUGCGUCCAGGGGCGGGACAUCCUGUCAAGAGGAGAGAGGAGACAGUAGACAUAGAAGAGCCUCCUCAGGCUCAAUCACCAGACCAGCCCUGCGCUGCCGCCCAGACGCCAGAGGAGAAGAAGGCGUUGCCGGGCGCGGUGAAACUGCCCGGUCCUGCCGUUAACCUUUCAGAGCUGCAGAACGUCAAGAACGAACUACGAUGGGUCACCAAGGAUUAACAUGAUCCCCAGCCAGGCGGAGAGGAAGGCAGAUAAUCUUCAUAGACACAGACUUGCCCACUGCCACCGAAGACUAAGCAAACUACAAACUAAUCCCAACAUGUUCGGAGACAAUAACAGCUUUGUGUGACGCCAACGUCUGCAGAAAAUAUUCAGCGUUUAACCAAAACCACCAAUAAACAGGCAUCCAUAAACUUUCUAUCAGUCCUCUAAUAGGUUAAAAGCACUACAGUUUAUCGUACCAUGUCACUAAAUCCAAACUAAAAUCAUAAUUUGUACAAAAAAGUUAAGUGAUGUCAAGAUGAAGCGAGAUAUUCUGGCUUGUUUCUGCUGCAGAAAAAGACUCCACUUUACUUGGACUUUUAGGAGUAAGUGAGUUGUGUUGCAAUAACGGCAUAUUCUACAGCAUAUUCUUUGCUUUUUUUAGUUUUUGGAGUAUUUUUAAGUGGUUUAGAAGGACAUUUGUUGAUAAUUGAAAUGCAUUUAAGGAAUCCACAAACUGUGAUUCCCCUUCUGAUGCUUCUUUUCCAUACUGUCUAAACUGCAACUAUUCAGCACUGAUUUAUACUGAUACUUUCUAUUAAAUUAUUCAUUUCUAAAUGUUGAUGAUGCGAUGGGAUUUUAGUUCAAUUGUACUUCUUUUUCUGGGAGGGUGAAUAUAAUGUUUUAGUUGUUUUAUUGUUAUGAUUUGCAGAAACUGGUAUCUUCAGGAAAAUGUUGCAAUAAAUCAAGAUGGUUCUAAAAAUCCAAA